AUGGAGAACUCAUCUCUCCUUAAUGGCUUAAGACUGGCUCAUAUUUGGCUCAUAUUUGUUGCUUUUGGUGUAUCAGAUAGAGUGAAAAAUGGGGCUUUAGCUAUCAACUGUACUCUGCAGGGUACAGCUCGCAUGCCUGCAUUCUCAAUGGAUGGGGAGUUCAUUAUUGGCGGGGUUUUUUCCUUACGUUACAAGGAGAUCACAAAGAUUCACAGCUACACAAUUGUGCCUGAGCCGCCCACCUGCACAGGGAGUGUCAACAGUCGUGAACUACGCCUUGCUCGUGCAAUGAUCUUUGCAAUUGAGGAGAUAAACAACAGCACAGAGCUGCUGCCUGGGAUUAAACUCGGGUAUAAGAUCUACGAUUCAUGCGCCUCUGUGUCUGUGGCCACUCAUGUGGCAUUUCAGCUGUCAAACGGGGAGGACCCCGUGAUUCAGACAGGCCAUAAUUGUUCUAAUUUAGGAGUGGUAAUGGGUGUUAUUGGUGCCUCUAGUUCCACACCAUCUAUUGGCAUUUCACGCAUCUUUGGUCCCUUCAAUAUUCCUCUGGUGAGCCACUUUGCUACAUGUGCAUGUCUGUCAGAUAAGCAGCAGUUCCCGACUUUCUUCAGAACAAUUCCCAGUGACCAUUAUCAAGCUGAUGCGUUGGCCAAACUGGUGAAACACUUUGGUUGGACUUGGAUAGGAGCCAUUUACUCUAACACAGAUUAUGGAAGAAAUGGCAUGGCAUCUUUUCUUGAAGCAGCACACAAAGAAGGGAUCUGUGUGGAGUACACUGAAUCUUUUUAUCGGACUGAACCACAAAAGAUUCAAAUAGUAGCAGAUGUCAUCCGCAGGUCAACUUCAAUCGUUGUGGUGGCUUUUACAGCCGCUGGUGAUAUGAAAUUCUUGUUAGAGGAGCUAAACCAACAACCUUCUCCUCCUCGUCAGUGGAUUGGAAGUGAGGGCUGGAUAACAGACCUUCAGCCAAUGAGAUUCAGUUUCAGUGCAGGAGCCAUUGGAGUUGCUAUUCAGCAAUCUGUCAUCCCUGGAUUUGGAGACUUCCUGCUGCGUCUGUCUACCUCUGAAGUAGCCGCCUCCUCCGUCCUCACAGACUUCUGGGAGGAAGCAUUCAACUGCAGCUUGAAGAAAACUCUUUCUAAAGAAAAGAGGCUUUGUGAUGGAACUGAAGACUUAGUGACUCUCAAGAUCCCGUUUACUGAAACGUCUAAAUUCAGAAUUACCAACAUGGUGUACAAGGCUGUUUAUGCCAUAGCACAUGCAAUUCACACUGCAGUGUGUCAGGAAACUAAUUUCACUACUACCUGUAUAAAACAAAAAACGUUUGACAAAAAUCAGGUUUUUACUGAGCUAAAGAGAGUGAAUUUUACCCAGAAUGGUUACCAUGUGUCAUUUGAUGCUAAUGGAGACCCUGUGGCUUCAUAUGAUGUUGUUAACUGGCAGAAACCUGAGAGUGGGAUUAUUGAACUGGUAACAGUGGGGUACUAUGAUGCAUCACUGCCCAAAGGCCAGGAGUUUCGCAUUUACAAGAAUCUAACCUGGUUGGAUGGAGACAUGCAAGUAAUGAAAAGAGUGCAACAUUGCUCAUCUUCUUGA